CUAGAAGGUGGCCCAUCGUGAGUGAUACAGGAUGUAUCGGCAUUUCCAGGUGAUUCUUUAGCUCCAAGAACCCUGCCGAGUUCGUUUCCGUCAGCCUCGGCAGUCGAUCUGCGCGCCCGCUUCCGCCGCCGACGCACCCCGCCAUUGCUUACAUUUGUAUAUAUCUGGCCCGCGUGCUCCAUCUAUAUACACUAAAUUGCACCCUCUAUACACGAAACUGUGCUAUCUAUACACGAUGUUCACACUUCUCAAACGCACCGCCUUCGCCGCCUCCGCCACCGCCGCCCUGCGGCCCGCCGCCCGGAGGUUAGCCCACACAACCACCUACGACUGGGAAGACCCACUCCUUCUCCGCGAGCAGCUCGACGAGGAGGAAAUUGCCAUUGCACAGACCGCGCGUGACUACUGUCAGGAGCGCCUUCUGCCGCGAGUUCUCGAGGCGUACAGAGAGGAACAUUAUGAACGCGAGAUACUUGAGGAGAUGGGAGAGCUCGGGUUUCUGGGCGCAAGUAUUGACGGAUACGGGUGCGCGGGAGUGGGACAUGUUGCUAAUGGUUUGAUCACACGGGAGGUUGAGAGGGUGGACAGCGGUUACAGAAGUGGAAUGUCCGUUCAGAGCUCACUCGUUAUGGGUGGAAUUGACGAGUUCGGAACUACUGAGCAGAAGGAACGAUAUCUUCCCGGCAUGGCGAAGGGGAAGAUCGUGGGUGCUUUUGGGUUGACCGAGCCAAACCAUGGUUCUGAUCCUGGAGCGAUGGAAACCGUUGCCCGACCGCAUUCCACAAAGGAGGGUGUCUACCUCCUUAAUGGCUCCAAAACCUGGAUCACCAACAGUCCCAUCGCGGACGUCCUCCUGGUCUGGGCCAAACUAGACGGCGAGAUUCGCGGCUUCCUCGUUGACCGCUCGACCGCAGGGGACUCCCUCUCCACCCCCGCAAUCAAAAACAAAUCUGGCCUGCGCGCCAGCAUCACGGGAAUGAUCCACCUUACAGACACUCCUGUACUAGCGUCCAACCUGUUUCCGCACAUCUCCGGCCUCCGCGGCCCUUUCACCUGUCUGAAUUCCGCCCGUUACGGCAUAGCUUGGGGCACCAUAGGCGCACUUGAAGACUGUCUCGCCCGUGCCCGCGCCUACAGUUUGGAACGCAAACAGUUCCGUGGGAACCCGCUGGCGAGGUAUCAACUCGUCCAGAAGAAGCUCGCAGAUGCGAGUACAGAUGUCGCCUAUGGCCUUGCCGCUGCGCUUCAAGUCGGACGGCUGAAGGAUAAAGGCCUUGCUACGCCGGAGAUGAUCUCAAUGAUCAAGAGGCAGAACUGUGAUCGUGCGCUGGUGGGAGCGAGAGCGCUACAGGAGAUUUUCGGAGGAAACGCGGUGAGCGAUGAGUAUCACAUUGGAAGGCACGUCGCGAAUUUGUUUGUUACGCAGACAUAUGAGGGACAGAGCGAUAUCCAUAGCUUGAUUCUAGGACGGGCUAUCACGGGGGUACAGGCGUUCUGUUGAGAGGAUGUGGUGUGUGUAUGAAUACUCCCUUUUUAUAAGGAUACUGUGAUCAUCCUUCACUUAGGAUCACAAUUUAUCAGGACGAGGGAGUUUGACAGAACGGGAUCGUGAGAUCAAACCCCACAGCAAAGACCAAUGUAAUGAACAAGCAUUUAUAA